CGGCCAACCGCGCUGCCGAGCAGACGAGUCCAGGUUCUAAAGUCCGAAAGAACAGUUAGCAGUUAGCAGUUUGAGAACGGAGCCAGAACCAACGUUCCCCAUUUCCGCCAGCAACUGUGGAGAGCCAAUAAAAGCGCAAUAAAGAAAACAGCCAGCGGCGUAGAAACCAAGCGAAAAGAAAUAAAACAAACACAAUAAUGUCGAUCUCCGAUUUCCGCAAAAAGAAGCUGCUCUUCCUGUUCAAUGUGUUCUUCGAUGUGAACCAAAGCGGCGAAAUCGACGUUAAGGACUUCGAGCUGGCCAUCGAGCGCGUCUGCCAACUGCGCGGCUGGCAGAAGGACACGCCGAAGAACAAGGAGACGUACGACCUGAUGAUGGAAAUCUGGACUGGCCUGCGCUCGAAGGCCGACAAGGACAACGACGGACAGGUCAGCGUGGACGAGUGGUGCAACAUGUGGGACGCGUACGCGAAGGAUCCCAGCAGCGUGAUGGACUGGCAGAACGCCUACAUGAACUUCAUGUUCGAUUUGGAGGACGCCUCCCAUGACGGCGGCAUCGACGUGGCCGAGUUCACGCUGGUCUGCUCCAGCUACGGUUUGGAGAAGACAGAGUGCGAGGAGGCGUUCGGCAAGAUGGCCCAGGGACAGAGCGAGGUCACCCGGGAGCAGUUCGCCGCCUUGUGGAAGGAGUACUUCGCCGCCGAGGAUGUGAACGCGCCGGGCAACUUCAUCUUCGGCAAGACCAGCUUCUAAAAUCCAGCCAUGAGCUCCGAACACUGGCCAUACUGAAUGCAAAUGCAAAUGCAAUUGCAAAUGCAACAAGUGAAAUUAUUAUUAAAAAACUACUAUACUGAAUAUAUAUUAUCGAUGCGGAAGGGGAGGAGGGAUCGCGAUCCUCCCGAUUUUGAUGCUCCGUCGUUGUUAGUUGAGUGUUGUUUUCUCUCCAAGAAUCUCAAGUUUUGCCCAAUUCAAUGUUCUAAUUUAGUAGCGUAAUCUGUCUGUAACCUAUUUAUACUUUAUAUACCAAGGCUUCGAGUUACUUGCCGGAGUGCUGGAGUAUCUCUACACAUACAUACAUACUCUAUAUAUGCAUGCAUAUAUGCAAAAGUGUACCUUUACGAACUACGACUAUAUCGAGAAAUGAUAUCAAUUACGAGGCCGGAUCCCCACAGAUCCGUAUCACUGUGGUGCGUAAAUUAAAUCAAUUAAACUGUCAAAUUGUUAUGUGUGUGUAGUCGUCGUUUAUCGUCUCGCAACUAUGGCGUAUAAAUUUAAAUGUAAAUGUAAAGUGUUCCAGAAAUUACAAUAAUAAAAUCAAAGUAUCUACACGAA